AUGCUGUCAACACCAGCGCGACAGCGCUCCACGGCAUCCCAGUCCCGCCCGCCACCAAGCGCGCGCGGACAGGGCACCCCACGAACAAGCACCAUCCCAGACCUGCCCCCAUACGAGGUCCCAGAAGCACCCCUCACAGCCGAGUGCCAAAGGCAACUCAACUCAUUGUUACAAUCCCAACAUCUACGCGAUCUGAAGACUCAUCUUGAACACGCCGCCGAGAAACUGACCGACUCCGCGGGCGAGGUCAACGAGCGACUCUGCGAUGCUCGAAACCGAUACCAGACCAACAAAGAGAAACGACGAAAUGCUGGCGAGGACGAAAGUGACAACGAAGAUGAGCAGCUCCAGCUUCUGGCCGAGAAAGAAAGAAAAGUAGACGACGUCACUGGGCGGAUGGAGAUGCAAAUGCGAAAGACUAUCGACUCCGAAACCCGCCUUUCCGAAUUGAUGGAAUCCGUGCAAGGGAUCGAGAGAGAGGAGGCGGAGGCUCUGACUGCUGCACUGGGGGUGCGCCAAACACGAGGCCAGCGACGCAUGCGCCAACAACAACGAGAUAUUGACGAGGAGGGCGAGGAGGAUUCAGAAGAUGAGGACUACGAGGGAACACCUGAGCGCGAGAUUCGGGAACGCAAUGCGCAGAACCCGCCUAGUCGAAGAUUGGACGAUACACUGGUGAAUGGAGUACAGGAAUGGGACGGUCUGUCGCUAACCGAGCGGUACGCCCGAAAUAACAGUUAUAUCGGGUUCUAUCGUAUCGUACACGAUUCAAAGUUCCCCGGCGACGAGGUACCGCCACUGCCGUCUUCUUCGACUUGGUUCUCGCAUCUGGAAAAUACAAAUGGCGAGAAUACAUCUUCGGAUGUCAAUUCGUCGCGCCAGAAAAUGCGCACGCGAAACCAACGUGAACCAUCCCCGGCCGACUCGGACGACAUUGCAAUUCAGCGCGAGCGUAUCUCCCUGAAAUGCCCACUUACCCUGCGGCCGUUCCAGGACCCAGUGACGAGCACAAAAUGCCCGCACAGUUUCGAGCGUGAAGCCAUUACAGAUAUGAUAGCGCGCAGUGGGAGGUAUGCGCCGAAUCCCAGUCAACCAGGCCGUCGUCUCCGCGCGGUAAAGUGCCCUGUGUGCUCGAAUCUUCUCACAAACGAGGAUCUUCGGACCGAUCCGGUGUUGCUACGUAAGGUCCGACGUGCCGAGGAGUUGGAGAAGCGUGAGGCAGAUGAUGAUGAGAUGGGAGAAGGUGGUGCUAAUGAGGUGACAUUGGGAAGUGAUGCCGAGUCGUCGGACGAGGAUGGCGAUGCGAUGGAUGUGGGUGGAAAUUCUGAGUCAGACCGGACCCGGAUCAAAUCUGAGCCCGGACGUAUUAAACGAGAGGGUACUAUGAUUCCACAUGGGAGCCAACAGGUUGAGGAGAUUUCGAGUGAUGAAUCCGAGUGA